AUGAAGGUCGAAGUUGACUCGUUUUCCGGUUCUAAAAUCUACCCAGGUAGAGGUAUUCUUUACGUCAGAUGUGACUCCAAGGUGUUCAGAUUCCAAAACUCUAAAAGCACUUCUUUGUUCCACCAGAGAAAGAAUCCAAGAAGAUUGGCAUGGACUGUCUUGUUCAGAAAGCAACACAAGAAGGGUGUUACUGAAGAAGUUCAAAAGAAGAGGGCAAGAAAGUUUGUCAAGCACCAGAGAGCCGUCGUUGGUGCAUCUUUGGAUUUGAUCAAAGAGAGACGUUCUAUGAGACCUGAGCAGAGAAAGGCAAAGACUCAGGAAGCUCUCAAGGUCAAGAAAGAGAAGAAGAAGCUUGAUAAGGAAAAGAGAAAGACCGAGAAGGCUAAAAGAGUUGCUGGUGGUUUCAAUAACCUCAGCAAGCAACAAGCUAAAGGUGCUUACCAAAAGGUCCAGCCUUCUUCCUAUUAG